CCCACACCAUUUGGUAAGCUAAAGCAAGAAAGAUGAUGAGUAAAAGCAAACACUAUUAUUUUCUAUUGCUAUCCCUCUAUUUUUGCCUUAUUUCUAACACUCUCACCCCAAUUAAUGCCACUGAUCAAGUUGCUAACUUAUACAAAUUACUCAAAUCUAAGAGGUCCAAAAACCCCUCUCUUGCUGCUUCUUGGGUCACAUUGCCAACCCAAAUCAAGAACACUCGGGUUCAUGCUGAACCUCAAGAUGGGCUCAUGGAGGCGGACAAGAUCACCACCUUACCCGGCCAACCGGAUGGGGUGGAUUUCGAUCAGUAUGCCGGGUAUGUAGCCGUUGAUCAAACUAGAGAGAAGGCACUGUUCUAUUACUUUGCUGAAUCUCCUAAGAAUUCUUCUUCAAAACCUUUGAUAUUAUGGCUAAAUGGAGGACCUGGAUGCUCCUCAUUUGGCAAUGGAGGACUAUUAGAACUAGGACCUUUCAGAGUCAAAAGCGAUAGUAAAACACUAAUUCGAAAUCCUUAUGCUUGGAAUAAUGUUGCAAAUGUGAUAUUCUUGGAAUCUCCAGCAGGAGUAGGAUUCUCAUACGGAAAUGAAUCAAUGAUCUAUAACCAAACAGGGGAUAUAAGCACGGCUAAAGAUGCCUAUACUUUCCUUGUCAAUUGGUUUGAGAGGUUCCCUCAGUAUAAAAACCGCGAUUUCUACUUAGCAGGAGAGAGCUACGCCGGUCAUUACGUGCCUCAACUUGCUUAUACCAUCUUGCAUAAUAACAAGAAUGCAAACCAUGACUUUAUUAAUCUCAAAGGCAUCGCGAUAGGCAAUGCAUGGAUAGAUGAUGCUACAAACUCAGAGGGGAUGUAUGAUUAUUUAUGGAGUCAUGCUUUGUUUUCAGAUGAAACACAUGCUAAAAUCAAACAACUAUGCAAUUUUUCCGAGACAUCUACUUCCGACGAAUGUGAUACUUACAGUAGUUUAGCAUGGGAAGAAGCAGGGAAUAUUGACAUCUACAACAUUUAUGCCCCAGUCUGCGUUAAGCUUGGAAUCAAAGCUCAUAUUCUUGAUGAUUCAGUGGAAGUUUAUGAUCCUUGUUCUUCAAUCUAUGUGGAAGAUUACUUGAAUAAAAUAGAAGUGCAAAAAGCUCUUCAUGUCAAACCUACAAAAUGGGAAUCCUGCAGUGGUUUUGAAUGGCAUGAUAGUCCAUCCACUGUUUUACCAGUCAUUCAGGAGCUCAUGGCAAGCAACAUUAGUGUGUGGAUUUACAGUGGUGACGUUGAUGGACGUGUUCCGGUGACAUCAUCAAAGUACUCCAUUAAUGCGCUCAAGCUUCCAAUUAAAAAUGCUUGGCGUCCAUGGUACACAGACAAUCAGGUUGGAGGGUAUGUAGUAGGUUAUGAAGGAUUGGUGUUUGUAACCGUAAGAGGGGCUGGGCACCUAGUUCCAAGGUACCAACCAGCUAGAGCUUUGACCAUGGUCUCGUCAUUUCUCCAAGGAACUCUGCCUCCAAAGUCGAUAGUAAGCUUAAUAGCAAGAAAGAUGAGCAAAGGCAUACACUAUUACUUUCUCUUAUUGUCCCUCUAUUUUUGCUUUAUUUCAAACACACUCACCCCAAGUAAUGCCAAUGAUCAAGUAACCAAUUUGUAUAAAUUGCUCAAGUCUAAGAGGUUAAAAAGCUCCUAUCUUGCUGCUUCUUGGGUCACAUUGCCAACCCAAAUUAGGGAUACUCAAGCUCAUGUUGAACCUCAAGAUGGUCUUAUGGAGGCCGACAAGAUCACCACCUUGCCCGGCCAGCCAAGUGGGAUUGAUUUCGAUCAAUAUGCCGGUUAUGUAGCCGUUGAUCCGGCUCAUGAGAAGGCAUUGUUCUAUUACUUUGUUGAAUCCCCUGAGAAUGCUUCUUCGAAACCUUUGGUUUUAUGGCUAAACGGAGGACCAGGAUGCUCAUCGUUUGGCAACGGAGGAUUAUUAGAACUAGGACCUUUUCGGGUCAAAAGCGAUGGGAAAACACUAAUUCGAAAUCCUUAUGCUUGGAAUAAAGUGGCAAAUGUGAUCUUCUUAGAAUCUCCGGUAGGAGUAGGAUUUUCAUAUGGAAAGGAACCAGCCAUCUAUGCAGAAUCAGGGGAUACGAGCACAGCUAAAGACGCUUACACGUUCCUUGUCAAUUGGUUUGAGAGGUUCCCUCAAUAUAAAAACCGCGAAUUCUACUUAGCAGGAGAGAGCUAUGCUGGCCAUUAUGUGCCUCAACUUGCUUAUACCAUCUUGCAUAAAAACAACAAUGCAAAACAUAACAGCAGUUUCAUUAAUCUCAAAGGCAUAGCGAUAGGUAACGCUUGGGUAGAUGAUGCAACAAAUACAGCAGGAUUGUAUGAUUAUUUAUUUAAUCAUGCUACACACUCAGAUGAAACACAUGCCAAAAUCAAGCAAUUUUGCAAUUUUUCCAAGGCAACAACAUCCCAAAAAUGCGAAGAUUACAAGGAUAAAGCUUGGGAAGAAGCAGGGAAUAUAGACAUUUACAACAUCUAUGCUCCAGUUUGCUUAAAGUCUGGAAAUUCCGAAGCUCAUAUUCUUGAUUCAGUCGAGAUUUAUGAUCCAUGUUCUUCCAAAUACGUGACAACUUAUUUAAACACUAUAGAAGUGCAAAAGGCUCUCCAUGCCAAACCCAAAAGAUGGGAAUCCUGCAGUGGAUUUAGAUGGCAAGACAGUUCGUUUACAGUGUUACCAAUCAUUCAGAAGCUCAUUGCAAGCAACAUUAGUAUGUGGAUGUACAGUGGAGAUGUUGAUGGACGUGUGCCGGUCACAUCAUCAAAGUACUCCAUUAACACUCUCAAGCUUCCAGUUAAAGAUGCUUGGAGUCCAUGGUACGACACAGACAACCAGGUUGGAGGAUACAUAGUAGGUUAUGAAGGAUUGGUGUUUGUGACAGUAAGAGGUGCAGGACAUCUAGUUCCAAGUUACCAACCUAAAAGAGCUUUGACCAUGUUCUCAUCAUUUCUCCUGGGAAAACUACCUCCGAAAUCUUCGUCUUGAGUCUUUUGACGUCCAUUUUCCAUAAUUUUAUUGAUAUAUUAGAUGAAAAACUCGUGUAUGAUUUACAAAGUGCAAAACUAUAAUCAGGCACAGCAGCACCAUAUACCCUCAUCGAGAUCGAAAAUGAUGAGCAAGUGAUACAAGGCAAAAAGAAUUACUUACACAAGUAAGAUUAUAUGACAAGCUAUAGAGAGGAUUUAUUCAUAUAUAAUGAAAAUCAUUUAGUAGAAAACUA